AUGAGUUUACCACCAGAUAUAACACUGAACGUGGCACCGGAUGUAGCACUGAGCUUAGCAUCGGAUGUAGCAUUGACUGGUGCACCGAAUCUGGUGGGUGGCCUGCUGGUGGGUGCGGCUUUGGCUCUUGCAGGCUUUUUAAUAGGCUCCUCUGUUCGUGGUGGUGGCUCCCUUGGUGCUGCUGCUGGUGCUGGUGCUGACGAUGGUGAUGGUGCUACUGCUGCUGCCUCUGCGUCUGGCUUUGGUCCGUGGGGAUCAGGUGGUUCAGCGCAAGAGGGGGAGUGGGAAACAGAAGCUGGAGGACGGGAGAACAGUGAUUCGGAAACAGAAUCAGAUCAAGUAUCGACAAAGGAACGUGGCGUGGAGUUUUUCUUGCUGCCCGAGUUCGACGAAAGUGGCCUCCAGAAAUAUUUCCUGGCUCGGUGCCCGUCUCUUUCCCCUGCUGCUACACCGAGCAUGCUCUUCCAAAAACCGCCUGACAAUGCUCCUGCUGAGAGUGAUGGAAAUGAUGGGACUGAAGUAGGGCCUGGCAAGGCUAGGAUUGGGAUUGAAGAUACCAAGGUUGGGAUUGGGAUUAAAAAUAGUAAGGUGCAAAGACUAGGAUUCCAACAGCGGAUACCAUUGCUGGAGUUCCAGUCAUCUCCCCCACUGGAGGGUUCUGUCGUACAUAGGGAGGUAACCAAUGGGAGGGAGAUCCCUGGUCGGCAAGUGGGCGGCGCAGCAAUCCAGAGACGGAUUUCGGGGCGGCAGCAGCUGGAUGGAGCUGCAAGCCAGAGGCGGUUGUUUGGGCGGCACUGCAUCUCCACGCCAGAUGGCGGGACUUUAUCUCUGGAUUUCCUCAAGGAUUGUCCCUUGGGAGUGCCGCAGCCCUUGGGCUUGUCGCAGCAGCAGCAGCAGCAGCAGCAGCAGCAGCAGCAGCAGCAGCAGCAGCGGUUGGGCCUGCUAGAGCAGCUGCGAGCAGGUGCGGGCAUGGUGGUGCUGGUGGUGGCAGGCACGGCAGCAGGCAGCGCGGAUCCCUUCAUUCAGCGCCUGGCGAGCAGCAUUGCUGGUAGGGGUCAUGCCCCCGUGGUGCUCAACCUGAGGGGCUGCGGUGGCAGCCCCGUUACUUCCCCCCGCCUUUUCCAUCUCCUUCUCGUUCGCUCUCCCUCCUCCCUCCAUGUCGUCACGUUCGCUCCCGGCAGCUUCUUCUCACCAGCUGACAGCGCUGACGUGGCACUGGCAGCCAAUUUCCUCGCAGCUUCCUGCCCCGAUUCCCUCCUAGUGGCCGUGGGAGUAGGCCUGGGGGGGCAUCUGCUGCUGCGGCACUUGGGGGAAGCAGGGAGGGGGGCGAGGUGGAGGAAUGGGGAGACAGGGGAACCAGGGAAUUGGGAGAAACGGGGGCAGACGAGCAGCAGGGGGAAAAGAAGGACUGGGAAGGCAGGAAGGGAGCUGCAUGGCGUGGAAGGGGCUGGUACUGGGAGGAAUGGGGGAACUGGUGGUGGUGGGGUGGUGAAGCAAGGCGGUGGGGUGUUGAAGCAGGUCUCGGGGCAUAGGGGUAUCCAAGCAGCUAUGGUGAUUGACUCGCCCUCCUGCCUGCAUCAACACCACCAUGGCUGCUCCUCCAACCAGCUCUGCUCUGACGAAGAGGAAGAAGUUUCCAGGAAGAUGCCCCUGGACCUGUCAGCAGCACUGGCGGCUUCGUCGGUCAGCCAAUGGGACGACGCCAUGUCACGCCGUGCGCUGGGCUACGGGUCGGUCACGGCGUUCUACGAUGCGUGCUGUGCGUGUGGGGUGAUGGAAGAUAUAUCCGUGCCCACUCUGUGCGUGCAAGUGAGUGAGUGGGGUGAAUGGGGUGUGUUGCGCUUGAGCCAAGGGGGUGUAAUGGCAGGGUCCAGCACUGCUUGCACCAGGGCUGCUCCAUCAUCAUCCUCUCCCUCCCCGGAGCCUUCUAUCUGGCAGCCCUUCCUCACCAACAGCAACCUCUCCCUCUCUUUACUCUCCAACACAAAAGCUUGGUUACCAGCCGUUGAGAGUGCUCUGCUGCAGCGACGACUGAGGGAUUCACCUUCUCAACCUGCUCCUCAGCCUGCCCCGCAACCUGCCCCUCAGCCUGCCCUGCAACUUGCCCCGCAACCUGCCAACCCUGCUGCUCCCACUGUCCAACCUUCCCCUCCGACUGUUGAAGGUGCUGCUCCCACUGUCCAACCUCUCAGCUCACUUAGCCAACCUGACUCAACACCUGCGACUGGUGCUGUCAGUGCUGCUUCAGUUGCCUCUUCAGGUGCUCCUUCAGGUGCUCCUUCAGGCGCUCCUUCAGGUUAUGAGGCAUCAGGUGUUUCUCUGCCAUCACCAGCAGAGCCGCACAAGGGUUCUGUGAACCCGGGGGCAGCAGCAGCACCACCAGCAGCAGCAGCACCACCAGCAGCGGCACCGUCGGUGGCUCAGUGGGCGGAGGUGGCUCUGAACCUCGUGGAUGCUGCCAUGCCUGGUGCUGUGAGCGCAGGGGAGAGGACGCAGCAGGAGCAGUGGGAGCAGCUCCCCCCUCUCCCCCACCCCACCACCACCAGCAGCGGCACCGUCGGUGGCUCAGUGGGCGGAGGUGGCUCUGAACCUCGUGGAUGCUGCCAUGCCUGGUGCUGUGAGCGCAGGGGAGAGGACGCAGGUGACAGGAGCAGUGGGAGCAGCUCCCCCCUCUCCCCCGCCCCACCACCACCAGCAGCGGCACCGUCGGUGGCUCAGUGGGCGGAGGUGGCUCUGAACCUCGUGGAUGCUGCCAUGCCUGGUGCUGUGAGCGCAGGGGAGAGGACGCAGCAGGAGCAGUGGGAGCAGCUCCCCCCUCUCCCCCGCCCCACCACCACCAGCAGCGGCACCGUCGGUGGCUCAGUGGGCGGAGGUGGCUCUGAACCUCGUGGAUGCUGCCAUGCCUGGUGCUGUGAGUGCAGGGGAGAGGACGCAGGUGACAGGAGCAGUGGGAGCAGCUCCCCCCUCUCCCCCGCCCCACCACCACCAGCAGCAGCACCGUCGGUGGCUCAGUGGGCGGAGGUGGCUCUGAACCUCGUGGAUGCUGCCAUGCCUGGUGCUGUGAGCGCAGGGGAGAGGACGCAGCAGGAGCAGUGGGAGCAGCUCCCCCCUCUCCCCCGCCCCACCACCACCAGCAGCGGCACCGUCGGUGGCUCAGUGGGCGGAGGUGGCUCUGAACCUCGUGGAUGCUGCCAUGCCUGGUGCUGUGAGCGCAGGGGAGAGGACGCAGGUGACAGGAGCAGUGGGAGCAGCUCCCCCCUCUCCCCCGCCCCACCACCACCAGCAGCGGCACCGUCAGUGGCUCAGUGGGCGGAGGUGGCUCUGAACCUCGUGGAUGCUGCCAUGCCUGGUGCUGUGAGCGCAGGGGAGAGGACGCAGCUCCUAGCAGCCAUAACGAGGGGGCAGGGCAUAGCCGACGCGGUGCAGCAGGUGGUGCCGCCAGAGCAGCACGCAGCAGUGGCCGCCACUCUCAGGCACUGCAUCCUAGCAGCCAUAACGAGGGGGCAGGGCAUAGCAGACGCAGUGCAGCAGGUGGUGCCGCCAGAGCAGCACGCAGCAGUGGCCGCCACUCUCAGUCACUGCCUCCUAGCAGCCAUAACGAGGGGGCAGAAUAUAGCCGACGCAGUGCAGCAGGUGGUGCCGCCAGAGCAGCACGCAGCAGUGGCCACCACUCUCAGGCAGUGCGCAGAGGCCGCCCAACGCUCAGCAGCACUGGAAAGCACUCUCAAGCACGCGGCUUCCCUGCUUCAUUUCCCUUCCCUUCCCUUCCCUUCCCUUCCCUUCCCUUCCCCCCGCCCUUCCCUGCUUCACUGUGCGUUCCCCUCCCAGCUCCUAGCGGCAAUAACGAGGGGGCAGGGCGUAGCAGACGCGGUGCAGCAGGUGGUGCCGCCAGAGCAGCACGCAGCAGUGGCCACCACUCUCAGGCAGUGCCUCGAGGCCGCCCACCACUCAGCUGCAGUGGAAAGCACUCUCAAGCACGCGGCUUCCCUGCUUCCCCAGACACCAGUGCAGGCGCUAUCUGGGGUAGAUGACAGCUCACAGGUGGCUGUUGCGAGUGUGUUCGAUGCUGUGGGUGGGAUUUUGGCGGAGCUAAAACAGGAGAAGGAAAAACGCGAGGAGGAGGAGGAAGAGAGGAAGGAGGAAGAGUUGAGGGAGGAGGACGAGAAGAGGGAACAGAAGGAGGAGGAAGGUAACGAGAAGGGAGACAGGAAAAAGACAGGGGAAGUGAAGGACAGAGCAAGGGAUGAGGAGAGGGAGGUAUGGCAUGAGGCGGAGGGAAGGGGAUGGGACCAGAAGCCCUCAAAGCACGAGGCUCAGAGUAGAGAAAAAACAGGCGAGCAAAAGGAGGAGGAAAGGGAGGAGGAAAGGGAGGAGGAAAGAGAGGAGGAUGGGUGGUCCUACUCAGCAGGCUCUCCCGUGGGUAAGAUGGUGGGAUCUGCUACAGCCAUGGCUGCUACAGCCCUCGCAAUGAAUGCCACAAGCACAGGGACUCCAGCCCUGGCAAUGAGUGCUACAGGCACGGGGACCACAGCCAUGACUGCUACAGCCCUGGCAAUGAAUGGUACAGGCGGAUCUGGUGGGACUGCUGCAGAGGCUGCUGCUGGUGGAACAUCAGGGGAAGCAGCAGAGGAACAGCAACCAAAGCGAGAAGCAGGGGGAGGAGGAGGAGGAGGAGGAGCAGAGGGAAGUGGAGAGGGAGGAGUAAAAGGACGGAUAGAUUUACUUGAAGAGGUGGGUCGAGCUGAAGAGGUGGGUCGAGCAGAAGAGGUGGGUCGAGCUGAAGAGGUGGGUCGAGCUGAAGAGGUGGGUCGAGCAGAAGAGGUGGGUCGAGCUGAAGAGGUGGGUCGAGCUGAAGAGAUGAUACAGCAGUGGGGGUCGCAGGGGCGCAUGCUGAGGGUGGUGGGGAAGGCGGCUCUCUUUGCAGAGGGGGUGUACGGCGCUGUGGGGCUGUGCGAGCAGCUCAUUGCACUCACUGACAUCCACAAGCGGGCGCUCACGACCAGGUGGGUGCGCACUACCAGGCUCCUCUUCUCGCUCCUCCUCCUCAUCCUUCUCUGGUCGCCCAUCCUCAUCCCCCUCCUCCCCUCCCUCAUCACCACACUCACCUCCGCAUCAACCUAUCCCGCGGCGCCACCUGUCGUCACCACAGCCCUGCUAGCUGUGGGUCUGUACAUAGCCCUGCUGCUGCUGGUGCGCAUCUGGGGCAGGAGGGCUGCUGCUGGCCGUGGGUCUGUACAUAGCCCUGCUGCUGCUGGUGCGCAUCUGGGGCAGGAGGGUGAGGAGAUUCGAGCACCCAAUCGAGCAGUACGGGUUGAGACUGUUCGAAUCAACACAGGAGCCCUGCUGCUGCUAGUGCGCAUCUGGGGCAGGAGGGUGAGGAGAUUUGAGCACCCGAUUGAGCAGUACGGGUUGAGACUGUUCGAGUCAACACAGGAGGUGAGUCGUGCAAGCUGUCACCACAGCACUCUUGGCUGUGGGUCUGUGCAUGGCCCUGCUGCUGCUAGUGCGCAUCUGGGGCAGGAGGCCCUGCUGCUGCUAGUGCGCAUCUGGGGCAGGAGGGUGAGGAGAUUUGAGCACCCGAUUGAGCAGUACGGGUUGAGACUGUUCGAGUCAACACAGGAGGUGAGUCGUGCAAGCUGUCACCACAGCACUCUUGGCUGUGGGUCUGUGCAUAGCCCUGCUGCUGCUAGUGCGCAUCUGGGGCAGGAGGCCCUGCUGCUGCUAGUGCGCAUCUGGGGCAGGAGGGUGAGGAGAUUUGAGCACCCGAUUGAGCAGUACGGGUUGAGACUGUUCGAGUCAACACAGGAGGUGAGUCGUGCAAGCUGUCACCACAGCACUCUUGGCUGUGGGUCUGUGCAUAGCCCUGCUGCUGCUAGUGCGCAUCUGGGGCAGGAGGGGUCUGCUGCUGGGGUCAUCCCUGCUGCUGCUAUUACUACACGCCAUUCAGCUCCAUCCCCUCUUCCCCCUCUUUUCCUCCCUCUACCCUUCACACCAUCAGGUGGCAUGGUUGGCACAGGGUCUGCUGCUGGGGUCAUCCCUGCUGCUGCUAUUACUACACGCCAUUCAACUGCAUCUGCAUUCCCCCUCUUCCCCAUCCUUUCCCCUCUACUCCCAUCACAACCAGCUGGCAUGGUUGGCACAGGGUCUACUGUUAGGCUCAUCGCUGCUGCUACUGCUGCACGCCAUACAGCUCCAUCUGCGCCUCACCUCCCUCAACCUCCCUCACUCACGCAUGCUGCACCUUUCCCCUCUCCCCCAUCCCUCCUCUUUGUCCCUCUCUACCCCAAUCACUACCAGCUUGGAUGGUUGGCACAGGGUCUACUGCUGGGCUCAUCCCUGCUGCUGCUGCUACACGCCAUACAACUGCAUCUGCAUUCCCCCACAUCCCCAUCCUUCCCUCCCUAUACCCCCAUCACCACCAGCUGGCAUGCCUUCCAUCUCCGAACUCUCGCCCUCGUCUCCUCACACCUUUCCUCUGCCUUCGACUCCCUUCAGCUUCUCCUGCACCAAGCCACCUCCUCCCUGCCGCAAUGGCUGCCCCUACAUUUCCCUCCUCUCUCACCCCUCUCAAUUACCCAACCCUUACAAGCCCCAAUCCUCGCUUCUUCCGGUGCUGCCGCUGCUGCUGCUGCUGCUGCGACUGCUGCAGCUGCCACCCCCACGGUCAUCACACCUACCCUCCUCUCCCUCCUCCCCUCCCUCCUCCCAUCCCUCCUCUCUGCCGUUCUCUCUCUUCUCGUAUCCACCACUCGCGUUCUGCUGCUUGUACUGGAGUCGCUACUAAUGGGUACGGCUGUAGCAGUGGUGGAAGAACUGGUCUUCCGAGGCUGGCUGUUUGAAGAGGUUCGGCAGGAUCGGGGCUUGGCGUUUGCUUCGGGAGUCACUGCACUUGUGUUUGCUCUCGUGCACUGCACCACUCGCACCCAUCCCACCUCUCUCCUGUCUUCCAUACACAUCAUUUCCCCUCCCUGCUACAGCACAUGUCCCACCUCUUCCACCUCCCUCCUGCCUCCCUACACUCCCCCCUCCCCCUCCUCUUCUCCCUCCCCCAACCUCCCCUCCUUUCCAGGUCUAUCCCAGCCAUGUCCGGUCUCUUCCUCCUCUCCCUCGUCCUCUCCUUCCUCCGCCAUCGCUGCAGCACCAGCCUCUCCCUCCCCAUCGGCCUCCUGUCUCUCAUACACACCCUUCCCCUCCCUCUCCCCCCCUAUUGCAGGUCUAUCCCAGCCAUGCCAGGACUCUUCCUCCUCUCCCUCGUCCUCUCCUCCCUCCGCCAUCGCUGCAGCACCAGCCUCUCCCUCCCCAUUGGCCUCCACACCAGCCUCGUCGCCGCAAAUCAAAUCAUAUCUUUCUCCGGAAUCAUAUCUUACCGCCCGGGAGCCCCUGUGUGGCUCACAGGCGUGCAUAAGGGUAAUCCUCUGGCUGGGGUGA